GUCCCGGCGGGGCUGGGGGUCGCAGCCCAGCGGCUCCAGCUGUUCCAGCGGCUCCUGGGGGCGGUGCCCGGGGGCGACCUGCGCCUGGCCCAGGUGGCCAACGACCUGGAGAACCUGCGCAGCCUCCUGGGGGUCCUGGGGGCCCUGCUGGGCUGCCCCCCGCCCGGCGACCCCCCCCCGGCCCCCCCGGCCCCGCUGGCCGAGGCUCCCCACACCGUGGCCGGGGUGGCCCUGGCGCGGCUCCGGGGGUGCCUGGAGGGGAUCGCCGCCUACCUCGAGGGGGUCCCCGCCUGUUAGGGACCCCCGGGCCCCACCGGGACCCCCAGGACCACCCCAACACCCCACGGACACGACCAGGACCUCACCAGGACCCCAGUGGGACCCCCACAAGGGCUCCUGGGACUCCACAGACCCCACCAGCCUCAGCGGGACCCCACGGACACAACCGGGACCCCACGGAGACACCACAAGGACCCCCCCA